UAUCCACUAACCCUAACCUCAACUGUCACUUUUGUUUUUUGUUUAUUUUAGAUGUUUUGAUUUUGAUUCAAAUGUUAAGUGAUUAGGAGUGUACAAAUAUUUUAAACAUACUGAAUCUGAAUCUACUUUCAAAAAAUUUUAUCAUAGUCAUAGAUUUACUAAAUAUAGACACAAACCUUGGUCAUGGUUUUGUAGUUAAAGAAGCAUGGCUUCAAACAAUUUAAAAAUGUUGGUUUUUGAUUUGGAUCGAACACUAUGGCAAGUGAGGUUGGAUAAGGAAGUAACACCCCCUUUUAAAAGGAAUUCCAAUGGUGUGGUGGUAGACAGCUGUAAUUGUAAAAUAGACUACUAUCCCGAAGUGCCGCAAAUUUUGCAAAAACUCUAUGAUGAAGAAUAUACUUUAGGAGUGGCUUCAAGAAUUUCUGAAACUAAAGGUGCCCGACAGUUGCUUCAGCUGUUUGGAUGGAAUAAGUAUUUUUCUUAUCUUCAAAUAUUUCCGGGAAAGAAGACAAAACAUUUUAAUAACAUAAAGAAGCAAUCUGGAAUUGAUUUCGAAGAAAUGUUAUUCUUUGAUGAUGGAUUACGUAAUAUCCAGGAUGUCAGUGCUCUUGGAGUAGUGUCUGUUUUUGUAGAAAAUGGUGUAAAUAAAUCAGUGAUAGAAGAAGGAAAACAACAGUUUGCAGCAGGUAUAAAAACAAAACAUUUUUAGUGAUUAAUAAUAAUAGUAUUUAAAGAGAAAUAAAGAAUGUGAUAUUUAUGUAAUAAUUUGUAAUGUAUAAAGAAAAAAAAGUAUUUUCAGAGAAUUUGUCAGUUUAUUUUCUUAUUUUAUUCAUAUAAUUCGAGGGUUUAGUAUCAAACAACGUUAACUACAAAAACAUAAAGUGGCAGAAAAUGCGAAAAACUGUUUUGAAACGUAAUAUCGGCCAACAAAUUUGUGAUUACGGAGGCAAAAUACAUUACAAUAGAAAUCUGUAAAUUUAUAUAGUAUUAUUAUGGUUUCUUUGACAUAUGGUAAAAAUUAUUACAGGUUAUUGUUAUUCUACAGGGAAAAAAUAUAAUUUUUUUCUAUAAUAAUGACCUGAUAACGCUUUUUGAUAUUACCGAUAUAUAUUUUUUGUAACCGUUAACGUCGCACCUGAUAAUAAUAGUUUUACUACAGGGUUAGCACUGCUGGGUGAAAAUGUAAAAAUGUAAUUUCCCUAAAAUGUUGAGAAAAUUUCACUGAUAUUUCCCAUUUUUUUCAGGAUAUCCUUUAACUUAUAUUCGCUGAUAUUUUCAAAAUUUUCAGGAUAUCCAAUGCAGCACUAACCCUGUAUUAUAAAAAAUGUUAUAAGUGUAUUUAAAUAAAAAACUUUAUUUUUCUAAUAACAAACAAAUAUUAAACUUAUGAAAUGUCUAAAUACUUAUACGUACCAUCUUUAAACGUCUUCAUCUUCUGAAACAUUUUCAUUAUGAUCAUCACCCCUUCCUUAAAGAUUCUAGUAAAAGAAGUGAUAUUGGUCUUUAAUUUUUGCUCACAGAGUUCUACUAAACCUUUUAACUUUUUAUUAUUAAUCGUUAACGGUUUGUCAUAUUUUCUUCUUGGCACAAGUUUGUUAAUUGAAAAUAUUCGAAGUUGCCUUCUCUGUAUUUUUAAUUUCGUAAAGUUGUCUGAUUUAAAAUUAAAUUUGAAAUAACUCUGUGCAGUGUCUUCUUUUAUAAUAUGUAUAUUGUAGCCAAACUAUGUUUAACCAUUUGACAACAUUUCCUUCAAUGUCGGUUUUUUUUAUUUUUAAUCAUUUGAAUUUGAAGUUCUUUAAAAUUCAAAAUGUCUUCCUGAUCUAUUUCAACUACUUCGUAUUUUGAUUUCUUUAAAGCCAUUUUAACCACUGUACAUAUACCAUCCCGAUGGAUCAUAAAUUUCCAAGCCUUUACUCGCGUUUUCGAUGUGGACAUGGACCAUAUCACGUUCCAUUUGGGAAUAUCCGGGCUCAAAAAAUAACUGGUCGAUUUUUGAAAUAUAGUGUUUCAACAGCAAACAGAAACAUUUUGACCCGAACAACUUUCAGACAUAAAAGCGAAGUCUUUCCCAGUAACUUCACUUUUCAUUGUAUUUGUAAGGCAAGAGGCUACCUCAGAAGAUCCACGACCCGCUAGUGCUUCGUGUCAUACAAAGUUUUGUGCUACGACUGGACAUUUUUCUGUUAAACACUGACAAAAUCAAAAUAUUAAAUAAUUACGACAAAUAUAUACGUAACCGGCAAUAAGAAAGUAAUUAACAUAUAUGUUUUCUUUUAACUUCGACAAAACUAAAAAAUGUAAUGAGUAAUCAGAUAAUUGUAAUCAUGUAAUGAGUAAUCAGAUGGUAGAAUCGAACAAUAUCGAAAAUAAACAAAUGUAUUUAGCUAUCCAGUAUCAAAAUGACGUUUUUCAAACAAAUACGAAUUAUAAUAACGCUGUCUACAAUUACAGCUUAAAAUAUUAGUGUCAAUAAUCGUUAACAGUCGAGAACUGUUUUUGAUGUAUCACGAAAUUCACUGUGAAAUAACGUCAUCACCUCUUAGAUGUUUUUGACAUGAACAAUUUUUUCACAAUUGGUAGUUAACGUUUAAUGUAUUUUGUAAUCAGCUGCAGAUAGAGAUACUUUUUCUUACUAAAUGAAGUCGAAAACGGUGAACUCGAUUAUAGAUAUAUCUCAAUUUCACAAAAAAUGUAGAUAACGUUGUUUGACAAUAAACCCUCGAAUUAUGAAUUAUUAAUAUUUUAGCUACCCUUUGAUUCUUGAAUGUAUUUCUCCUCCAUUACCUAUCUAUAUAUUUUGUGCUGACCAAUAGAUACGUGACCAUGCAACACUACCAGAUAUUUGAAAACAGAAGCAAAAACGAAAAUGUAUAAGUCUGUAACAGCUAUGAGGACAUAUAUGUACAUACUGCAGAAACAAGAUAUACCUAGACAAGCAGUACAAAAAGAUAUUUGGGUUAAAUGAAAUGAGGAUCCUACGAAGAAUAACCAGUAAGACACUAAACAAUGUUAAUGAAUGGACGUAAGGAAGAAAAAGAGAAUGAAACAAUCAUAUCACUCGAAUGGUAGGGAGCAGAAUAGUUAGAAUAGCCCAGGAUAGGUUGCCAAUAAUUGGAAGAAGCACAGGUUGUCCAUGGAAAAUAUGGAAUGGUAAUAUCCCAUUAGGAUAGGAGGUGACAUAAGAAACAGGCAAUUUAUCUAUAUAAAAGUAAAAGAAAAAGAUAACGCUAUCAGUUUAGUAUCAGACCCAUAGACCUAAAUAAUAAUAUAUGAAUGGACCGAGCAUAAGAUUAAGCGAAGUAGGUAAUGAUAUCAUCUUUUUUUUUUCUAAUGGGCGCUGCUUCACUCUUACACAUAGUAAAGCUGUGACAGACAGUAUCAUUUAAGUCGUUCUCCCCUACCGUGACUAUACCACCACUUAGUUUCUGGAACAAUGUGCUAGAAAUAGACAGUACCAAUCAAAAUUGACAUUUCAAAAACUCAAGGAGAAGAAACAUUUCAAGCAUAUUAAUCGCAGAGAAAAAACAGGUGUAAAAAUAACCAAAGAUUUUAACUCUCCACCGGACGGGUGAAAUAAAAUUACACGCCUAAAAAUGAAAAUUUUGAAAAAAAUUAAAUAAUUUUUUUUAUCGCUAACCGUCACUAAAGUCAUUUAUUAUUGUACUCAUUUGCGGCAGUAAUGUAACACUUUAUUGUAUUGAAAGAAGAAUUUUACUUUACCUGCCGCGAUUAAUCGACAUUGAAUCUAAGUGGUCGAUGGCAGUAAUCGAUUAUUUAUUUGAGUUAACUUACAAUUUAUUUACUUUAAUUAUUAAAAAUAUUGUACAAAAUUUACGACAUUGUUAAUUAAUUUUAUGUCAAAAAGUGAAAUUCUGUAGUAUUUUGUAAUUAUAUUCAUAUAAAAUAAAUUAAAACUUUACCAA